AUGGCACAGUUGGCAAAAAAAGUCAAAAAACUUGCGACUUUUCAAUUUUUGAACUUCAAACUAUUGCUGAAUGGUCGUGGUUUUGCCAGAUUCAAGAAAAAUUACAAGCUCAAAGGAGAACUUGGUCGUGGAGGUUUUGGUGUUGUUUACCGGGCAGUUCGGACGUCUGACGAAACCGCAGUUGCCGUCAAAUUCAUCAAAAGAAGACAUGUACGAGAAUGGGGAAAGCUCAAUGAUCAAAAGGUACCAAUGGAAAUCUGUAUGCUUGCAAAAUGUACAGAAAUUACUGGAGUGGUACGUCUAUACGACUGGUACAGCAUGCCAGAAGGCUUUCUGAUUGUUAUGGAACGUCCAUAUCCGUGUAUCGAUAUGUUCGAUUUUAUUCGGACACAGACCAAACUCGAUGAAAAUUUGGCCAAAUUUUUGUUCCGUCAAGUUACUGAAACGGUAUUGGAAUGUGUACAGAAAAGGGUUAUUCACCGUGACAUUAAAGAUGAAAACAUUGUAAUCGAUUUGGUUAAUGGUCAGACUCGACUAAUCGACUUUGGAGCUGCGACAGUGCUGAAGAAAACCAACUAUACAGAUUUUCAAGGUACCAGACUCUACUGUCCACCAGAAUGGUUCCUCCAUUCACUGUAUCUUGGAGAAGAGGCAGCAGUAUGGUCUUUGGGUGUUUUACUCUAUAAUAUGCUCAACGGACGAUUACCGUUCCGUAACGAAAAAGAUAUUUGCACCUCACAUCUUCUUGGUCCGCUUCCAUUCUAUGCUUCACUCACUGGAGAAGCUAAAGAUCUGAUUAAAAAAUGCCUACAAUUUGACCCUUUUGUGCGUAUCUCGCUUAAAGAUAUUGCGGAACAUACAUGGGUCAAGGCUCCAACUGCCGACUGGUUUACUCUAUCUGCAAGCGCUUCCGUAGUUUCGCCUCCAGAUUCUGAUGGGGACAAUGCAGAAGUUGAAGUUGUUGAAGGAACUAAGCCAACUGAUCUAAGUUUUUUGAUUAAUCUAGCUUGUCGUUGA